ACAAGGACCUGGGAUGGGAGGAUCUAGAAGCAUUCCUCAGCUCUGCGUGCCUUGUGGAGAAAUGAAACUUUAAGGCUGGGGCCACCUUAAGUUCCCCGCUGUGACGCCAUCAGAGCAGCAGCCUGAGAAGGUUUAAAGAGCUGCAGGCAGGAAAGGACCAGAGACUCCGGAGGAGGAUGGCACUGGGGCAAGUGCCAGCCAUGGACGGACUGUGGACGGUGACUGCCGGUGAACUGGAUGCUUGGAUCGCCAGGACCCUGGAGCCCAGCACCGCUUUCUGCACACAGGUGAAGCAGACAGUGAAGCAGAUCUGUGAUUUCCUCAAGGAGCAGUGCUUCGAGGGCAUCCGCGUCCACAAGACUGUCAAGGGCGGGUCAGCAGGCAAGGGCACGGCCCUGCAAAACAACUCUGAUGCCGACGUGGUGCUCUUCCUCAGCUACUUCUCCAGCUACGAGGACCAGAACCAGAGGCGAGCUGAAAUCCUCGCCCUCAUUGAGGAGAGGCUUGAGUGCUGCAGACAGACACUGACGUUCACUGUGGACAUAAGCAGACCCCGGCGCAAGAGCCCUGUCAACUUUUCCCCACGCUCCCUCAGCCUCACUCUCUGGUCCAGAUGGGGCGCAGAGUCCAUCGAUGUAGACAUCCUGCCUGCCUAUGAUGCCUUAGGGCAGGUGACACAGGACACCGCGCCAGCCGCCGACGUGUACGUUAGGCUCCUGGCUGCACAUGGUGGCCCUGGUGAAUUCUCCCCCUGCUUCACUGAACUGCAGAAGAAGUUUGUGAAACGUUGCCCUGCCAAGCUCAAGAACUUGCUGCGCUUAGUCAAGCACUGGUACAAGGAGUUCCUGAAGCCACAGUACCCCAAUACAGACCUGCCCCCCAAGUAUGCUUUGGAGCUGCUGACCAUCUAUGCCUGGGAGCAGGGCACGAAUGCCAGAGAGAGCUUCAGCAUGGCUGAGGGCUUCCGCACAGUGCUGGAGCUGCUGUGCCAGUAUCAGAAGAUCCUCAUCUACUGGGAAAGGUACUACUCUCUCCAGCACAAUCAGGUGGGCACCCAUGUGAAGAACCUGCUGCACAGCUCACGCCCUGUGAUCCUGGACCCUGCUGACCCAACAGGGAUCCUGGGACAAGGCAAAGAUUGGGCGGUGGUGGCAAAUGAAGCUGCCCGGUGCUGUUCUCUGCCCUGCGUUGCCUCUGUCCAGCCCUGGAAUGUGCAGCCAGCCCGGCCCGUGACAGUGGAGAUAAAGCAACUGACAGGCAACAGUCUGACCAGGACUGUCAGCCCAGACACCACCAUCCUGAAGCUGAAGGAAGAGAUUACGCAGCAGUGGGGCAUCCCUCCAUACCAGCAGCGCCUGGGCCAGCAGGAGCCAGACCAGAAUCUCCACAUCCUCCAGGACAGUGAAACCCUGGCCUCCUACAACAUCUUCUGCAGCACCACACUGAUGCUGCUGCACACUGAGACCCAGGAGAUGCAGGUCCUAGUGAAGGACGACAAGAACCGCACAAGCACCUACACGGUGCGGCCCACCGACACUGUCCGGCAACUCAAGGAACAAAUCUGCACCCGGCUGGGCCCUUCCGCAGACCAGCAGCGCCUGACAUUUGGCUCCAAGGAGCUAGAGGAUCGACAUACACUGGCGCACUAUGGCAUCCAGAGCAAGAGCAUCAUCUACCUGCUCCUGCGUCUUCGUGGGGGCACAGGCCCCUGGCACCCCCUCUUCCCUGCUCCCUUGCCCUCCUGAGCAUUGACUGGGCACCAGCCCACAUUGCUGUAUCUAUGCACCACCUGUAAUGCUGAAAAUAAAUGACUUGGAAAGCC